CUAUCGUUCGGAAAACAAGCAACAAUAAGUGAAAAUGACUGGUCGCGGUAAAGGAGGCAAGGGACUUGGUAAAGGAGGCGCCAAGAGACAUAGGAAGGUGUUGCGUGACAACAUCCAGGGCAUCACGAAGCCAGCCAUCCGUCGUCUGGCUCGUCGUGGCGGCGUGAAGCGUAUCUCUGGAUUGAUCUACGAGGAGACCCGUGGUGUCCUCAAAGUCUUCUUGGAGAAUGUGAUCCGUGACGCCGUGACUUACACUGAACACGCCAAGAGGAAGACAGUUACUGCCAUGGACGUUGUCUACGCCCUCAAGCGCCAAGGUCGCACUUUGUACGGUUUUGGUGGUUAAGCUGAGUCCCUCUAAUCAUCAUCCCAAUCAACAUAAAACGGCCCUUCUCAGGGCCACAAUAAAAUAUUUAAAGAGUUUGGGGUCUUAAUCUAUUGUAACACUAGGUUAAGUUACUGAUUAUUUGAAUUAAAAGUUCUAAAUAUACUUUGGGACUCCCCACCCCAACCUCGAUAUUCCAGUGUAGUUCAUUUGUUUUAGAAUAAGUUAGCUUUUAAGCAUUGGAUUAAGUUAAGAUAGUUUUAAGUACAGUUUAGGUUAAGUUAGUUUUUAGAACAAAUACAGGUUUUAAAUAAAGCUAUUUUGAAAGUGUUAGUGGUUAAUUUAAUUAAGCUAGUUAGGUUAGCAUAAGGAUAAUACACCAAAAAUAAAUCCGGAUUUUUAGAAAUUCUGUGAAAAUUUUAUAUAUAAAUUAUUUUAUGAUGAAAUAAAAUUAUAAAGACUAAGUGAAACUGAUCGACAGGUUCUUUUUGUUUCAUAUUAGUAAAAAAUAAAAAUAAUUCCAGUUUUUGAAAAAUUUCUGAAUUAGGGUUGAGUGUACCACAUUUCUUUUAUAUGAAAGCAUAAAAUUUGAAAGGUAAUAUUUUGAAUACAAAUUGAAUUUUAUUGUUACUUCGUUUUAAAGAGUGUUGCCUGGAACCUUGUAGAAGGUUUAUCGUCUUAUGUUUUCUACAGUCAUUUUUAAUACGUAUUAAAAUUAA